AUGCGAUUGUCGUUGAUCGCUUGUGUUGGACUCAUUAUCCUAUCAUCUUCUAUUGCUUCCGCACAGGAAACUUCAGCGGAACCAACCGACGAAAAUACAACUGAAAAUGCGGAAUUAUCACCAUCAUCAUCAUCGGAAUGUCAUGCUAACGAAAUCUUCAAUGGUAAAACAUGCAAAUGCGCUCCUGGGUAUUUUAUGAAAUCAGAUAAAGAAUCAAAGUUGCGAUGUGAAGAUGAAUGUGAAGAAGUUUACUUCACGUUUUUCACGUACGGUGCAUGCGUGAAUGAUAUUUACGGACGUUUACCAAAGAAUGCACAAUCACAGUGUAAUUUACGAUGUGGCAUGAGAAUUCGUACUUUGGCAUCCAUUGGUAUCUUUUUGACAUUUGCUGCAGCACUUGCAACUCUUAUCUUUACCUUACCUCUUUGUGUCACCACCUGUUUGUCAUGUUUAAAUGCGCGAAAGGCUAAUAAAACAGCAAAACGAGUUUUUAUUGAGGCUCAAAAUCAGCCAUACAAGGAGCAACAACUUCAAACUCUUCCAUAUAAUCCAUAUGCUUAUUGGCCAUAUUAUGGACGAGCAUGA